GAUCUCCAAUUCUCCAUUAUACCCCUCUCUCUCUCUCUCUCUUUCUCUCUCUGAGAGUCAUCCAUGGCUGCUAUUCCCCAACCCUCUCAGCCAUCUCCUACUCAAAUUUCCAAGAUGACGACAUAUAUUAAGAAAGUAGCUGAAUCACCUGGGCUCACCUCUGUUCCUUCCAGUUACGCUUUUACCCCUAGUCCCAAUGAUCAAGCAGUUUCUGAAGACCCAGAAGACUCAAUUCCAAUCAUUGACUUCUCUCUACUCACUUCUGGUACUCCUGAUCAACGGUCCCAACUUAUCCAAGAGCUUGGCCAAGCCUGCAAGGACUGGGGCUUCUUCAAGGUGAUCAACCAUGGUGUUCCGGAGAGCUUAAUGGAGGCAAUGAUAGAAGGCAUUAGAGGAUUUUUCAAUCUGACAGACGAAGAAAAGAGAGAAUUCGAAGGGAAAAACCUUUUGGACCCAAUCAGGUGCGGAACCAGCUUCAAUACAUCAAUUGAAAAGGUUUUUUGCUGGAGAGAUUAUCUCAAGGUGGUUGUACAUCCUGAGUUUCACUUCCCCAACAAACCUGCAGGAUUCAGUGAGCUUUCAUUGGAGUAUUGCGAAAGAACCCGAGGAGUGGCAAGGGAAUUACUUAAAGCAAUAUCAGAGAGCUUAGGGUUGGAACCCUUCUACAUUGAAAAGGUCAUGAAUUUAGAUAACAGUUAUCAAAUGUUCAAUGCAAACUUUUACCCACCCUGUCCACAGCCAGAACUUGCAAUGGGCUUGCCACCACAUUCGGACCAUGGCCUCUUGUCUCUCGUCACACACAACGGAAUUGGUGGCUUCCAACUACAACACAAUGGGAUGUGGGUCAAUGUUAAUGCCAUUCCCAACUCCUUUCUAGUCAACAUUGCCGAUCAACUUGAGGUUUUGAGUAAUGGGAAAUACAAGAGUAUUCUACAUCGAGCAGUAGUAAACAAAAAAGUCACAAGGAUAUCACUUGUCAUGACAAAUGGACCAUCAUUUGAUAAGAUUGUCAACCCAGCACCAGAGUUAGUAAACAAUGGAAUCGAUCAACCUGCAUACCAUGGGAUAACGUAUAAAGAAUACUUCCAAUGGCAACAAAGCAACAGUCUUGAUGGGAAAGGAAUCUUGGAUCGCAUACGCAUCUGAAUUGUGUGAAGUAAGAGCUUUUGUCUUAGGGACACAACAAAUGGCUAUAGCCCGUGCACUUAAUUGGACAAAGUGUCCAUCAAAUGCUCCACUCCAUUUGAUGAGAUACGAUACAAACAUAUAUGUAGUUAAUCUUAAACAUGUAUCCAUAUCAUAUUAGAUCUAACUAGGACAUUCGAGCACUAAACCUAAGACAAACCCUAGCCACUUAACUUCUUGUAUAAGGUUUUAUCGUCUAUUAUUAGUGAGUGUCUUUGUGCAUAGCAAACUUAUUAGUAAUAAUUUUCUUUUGGCUUA